CACUCUCCUGCAUCCUCCUUGCAUAGCACUAAAAGAAAUUAUGCUCCCGUAGCUCGACUUUCCCCUCUAGUUUACUUAUAUAUUCUCCUUCUUUUUCGUUUCAUUCCUUCCUUCUUUCUUUUUUUCUUAUAUAUACCCCAUUCGUCCUUCGCUGUCCAUCCCACUUUUUCAACAAUACAGCAAUAUACCCUUUUCCCCUUUUCUCUCCUUAUUUUAUUACCUUAGGAAAAGCCUGUAUUCCAUUACACCGUAUCGUUAUUAUAGAUUAUAUCACCCAUGUCUGACAACAUAGACAACUCUCCACAGCUCCCCUGGUAUCGCCGUCUGAACCAGACGAAGGGACUUUUGCUCACCAUUGUCUCCUUGGCUCAGAUGCUCGAUGUCAUCAAUGUUGCCAGUGUGACAAUUGUGCUUCCUAACGUUAUGCAAGAUGUUGGGUUCAAGUUCGAUCAACUACAAUGGGUAUCGUCCGCAUAUGCUUUAGCAUAUGGUGCCUUCCUAUUGUUAGGAGGUCGCCUUGGUGAUCUAUAUGGUCAUCGUAACAUUUAUAUUCUUGGCGUAACAUGGUUUUCGAUUUGGUCUAUUGUCAAUGGCUUCGCUCAGACACCCGUGGUCAUGUCUGUGGGCCGUGCGCUGCAGGGUAUGGGGGCUGGCUUCACUGUCCCUAGUGCUCUGGCCAUCCUUACCACUACUUACCCUGUUGGACCUGAGCGAAACAAGGCUCUGGGCAUCUUUGGAGGCACUGCUGCUGUCGGCUCUAUUGUCGGUGUCCUCCUUGGUGGUAUUUUGGGUUCAACAAUUGGCUGGAGAUGGAUGUUCUACAUUACUGCCAUUAUUGGCUUCGCUCUGGUUAUUUUGGGGAUCUUAGUUAUUCCUGCCGAAAAGGCUCAAGGCAAGGUAGAAGAUCGUCGCCUUGACAUAUUUGGCAUGUCUGCCUUCACGAUUGGUAUCGUUUGUGUGAUUUACUAUCUCAGUGAAGGCCCUGCAGCUGGUUGGGGUUCUGCCAAGGCUUUGGCUCCUUUCUUGGUCGGCAUUGUGUUAUUGAUCGCCUUUGUAGUCAUUGAGUUCAAGAUCGAUUACCCGAUCAUGCCCCUUCGUAUCUGGCAAUCUCGUCGAUUCUUUUCCUCUUGUGCGACUGCGACAGUCAUGAUGGCAGCCAUGAAUGCUCACUUCUAUUUCUCUGCACUUGUGGUUCGAAAUGUGCUCGGUUAUUCCGCUCUCAAGACGUCAGUAGCUUUCUUGCCACACGGUAUUGGUGCUAUUUUCAUGGUUGGUCUCUUGACAGCUAUUAAUCCUUAUCUUCGGUCCAAGGCUGUACUUGUGGUCGGUUGGCUCUUUAUGAUUGCCUCAGGUGUCCUCUGGGCCCAGAUUAAGGCCGAAUCAAACUAUUGGGCCACUGUUUUCCCCUCUUUGCUCCUGAACAUGGUUGCAAUGGUCUGCAUUUGGUUAACCUGCCAAAUUAAUUCAGUUGCAGAUGCUGCAGAUGAGGACCAAGGUGUUGUUGGUGCAGUAUACAACGUUUUCCUGCAGAUCGGUGCUCCCAUUGGAAUCGCCAUCUCUAACAUCGUUGCUAACAAGAAGAACUCUCUCUUUGCAGUGGGACCUGAGCUCUUACCAGGCUAUCGCGAUGCUCUCUACUCGUUUGCGAUCAUGGGUGGUGUGGGUUUGGUCGUCAGUUUAGUCUUGUAUCCCAACAGAGAUUCCGUCAAGCCUGCUAGCAAUCUUGCUAAUGCAGAGGUUGGUUCUUCCUCCUCUCUGGAUGAGCAUAGCACCGCUGCUGGAUCAGAAGACAAACUGCCAAAUUAUUCGACUGAGAAGGUUUAGGGUUGCGUUGGGAGAUCAUUGAAGGCUCUUCUUGAUUGCGACGUGAACAUUGCGAAGCACAACAUCAUUUGUAUCAUUUAUUUUCACCCAACUAUAAUCAAAGUAUAUAAUAUAUUAUUUCUGUCACACCUCAAUAUUAUCCACGAACGUAAAUAAUUCGGCAUUUCGCAUUCCUUCUUUCGCCCCAACAUUGAAUAAAUAUCUCUUAAUCAUCA